AUGCAUGACAGGAUAUUAAUUCAGAUGCAAAGCAGUUGUAAUUGUUUUCCACACAAAAUUGUGACACCGACAUAUGCAAUCAGCGGCAGUGAAUACAGAUUCAAAGGAAGAUGUGAGUUUGAUUUAGCCGAUGGUGAAGACACAUGUACAGUCAACAUCACCUUCAAUAAAGAUAUUUAUGGUUUCGAGUUUUGGACUGUCGAUCAACUCGCUGUUAGUCACACUGGACGAUGGGUUUGUGUAACGAACAAAUGGUCACUAUCAACACCGAGCACAACCAAGAUAGACUUUCACGCCGACUAUUCAGGAGUGCAAGAACCAGAGGGUGAUUGUUACGUACUAACUAACAGUCAGACAGAAUGCUUGUCCUAUGACCCAGAUAUCACAACAAGGACCACCACCACCACAACAACAACAACUACCUCUACUACAUCAACCACCACCACUACGCCACCUCCUCCAACUACCACUCCUACAACUACCCCUACCACCACGACUAUCACUAAUACAUUUACCUUCACCACUACGCCACCUCCUCUAACUACCACUCCUACAACAGUUACUACUUCUUCCUCCUCGACAGCAACUACCACUAAUACAUUUACCACCACCACUUCGGCGCCACCUCCAACUUCUACUCCCACAAGUACUCCUACCUCCUCGACAGCAACUACCACUAAUACAUUUACCACCACCACUACGCUGCCUCCUCCAACUACCACUCCUACAAGUACUCCUACCUCCUCGACAGCAACUGCCACUAAUACAUUUACCAUCGCCACUUCGCCUCCUCCUCCAACUUCUACUCCUGCAAGUACUCCUACCUCCACGCCAGCAACUACCACUGAUAUAUUUACAAUCACCACUACGCCACCUCCUCCGACUACCACACCUACAAAUACCCCUACAACAGAAGCUACUUCUACUACUUCUGCCAUAACUGCUUCACCUACGCCGUCAACUGCUUCUUCUACUACUACUUCUACCACUACUACUUCCACUACCACAGUUGCACCUCCGCCUAGUAACAGUCCGAGUAUAUCUACAGAGUUUACCACCGUAUUACCUACAAGUACCUCAGCAAGUUCUACAACAUCUUCAACCUGUAUCUGUAACAGUACAGUAAAAAUCCCAAUGAACGAAACUGAGUUUCAGGAGAUGUUACAGAGGUUGGCAGUCAAUAAAACAACUCUUUCAGCAACUCGUAGACAAUUAACCAGCGCCGAAGAUGACCGCAUGUCGAGUACGGCGAUAGGGGCUGUUGGCAUUGUAUGCAUGGCGAUUGUUCCCGGGCUACUGUUGGUGUUCGAUGUAUCAAAGUUUGUGAACAUGAAAGCUUGA